AUCCUCUUCCUUGCUGACAUGUGGUGAGAGUGAGGGAGCCCGAGAGCCCGACCCGCCUGUCCGCCACACCCGGUAAGGCCGCCGCCGCUUUCCGAAUGGCCGCCUCCUCCUCCUCCUCCUCACUUCCAUCGCCGCCGCCGCCCAGGGCGGCGUCCCCGGCCGAGGAGCCCCGCGCGGGAGGCCGGCCGCCGGUCCCGCCGUACGUGAAGGCGGCGGCGGGGUCCCUUGGCGGCGUCAUGGAGGCGUGCUGCCUGCAGCCGAUCGACGUCGUCAAGACGCGGCUGCAGCUCGACCGCUCGGGGGCUUACCGGGGCAUCGCGCACUGCGGCGCCACCGUCGCCCGCGCCGAGGGCGUGCGCGCGCUCUGGAAGGGGCUCACGCCCUUCGCCACACACCUCACGCUCAAGUACGCGCUGCGCCUCGGUUCCAACGCCGUGCUGCAGUCCGCGUUCAAGGACCCCGCCACCGGCAAGGUCUCCGCGCACGGGCGCCUCGCGUCCGGGUUCGGCGCCGGCGUCAUCGAGGCGCUCCUCAUCGUCACCCCCUUUGAGGUGGUAAAGAUUAGGUUGCAACAACAAAAAGGACUGAGCCCAGACUUGCUUAGAUAUAAAGGUCCCAUACACUGUGCAAGGACUAUAGUUCGGGAAGAAGGCUUACGUGGUCUGUGGUCUGGAGCAUUACCAACUGUCAUGCGCAAUGGCACAAACCAAGCUGCAAUGUUCUCCGCCAAGAACACAUUCGACAUUGUUCUAUGGCAGAAGCAUGAGGGAGAUGGUAAGGUCCUCCUUCCAUGGCAGUCCAUGAUCUCAGGGUUCCUUGCAGGAACCGCAGGACCCGUCUGCACCGGACCCUUCGAUGUCGUGAAGACUAGGUUGAUGGCUCAAGGGAGAACCGGUGACAUUAAGUACACGGGCAUGGUCCAUGCGAUACGGACAAUAUACGUAGAAGAGGGUUUGCGAGCACUGUGGAAAGGCUUGCUCCCCCGGCUUAUGAGGAUUCCACCUGGACAGGCUAUAAUGUGGGCAGUGGCUGAUCAGGUGAUGGGCCUAUAUGAACGAAGUUACCUGCAGCCAGCUCAUGUUUGAUCAAUAUCCUACUUCAGUGCUACACUGAAAUUUUUUGGGUUAGUCGUCAUAAUUUUGAAUUGGUGGUUAGACAUGGAAAUCGUCAACCGAAAGUGCAAGCUGUUCCAGUAACUGGAAAUUCAUUUGUUCAUUGCAAAUAGCUGGGAAUUGAUGGAAGCAAUGAACUCUUGUACUAUUUUGAAGUCAAUAAUUGAGAAACUCCCAUUUUGACUGGGAUAGAAUA